AGCAGUUCAUCCUUCAAGUACUGGAGAACCAUGUCAAUUCCUCUCCCCGGUAUCUUCCUCCUGGCCCUUUUUGCUCAAUGGACUACCCGACAAGAUUAAGGCAGUGUGGGCGCGGAAGCCAGCUCUAUCAUUGUGCUAUUACGCCUGAAAAUCCGGGUCCCGCUUAUACCAUCGAGGCUAUGCUUUGGGAUUAUAGCGGACGGCUCAUGCUCUGCAACGCCACGUUUGUUGUUCCAUCAAGAGAACCAACCUCAAGCAUCUAUGACUUUUGUGCGGAGCGACUGGGAGACUCGGUCUACAUGGUUCGACGUGCCCUUCAACCUUCGAACUCCUCGCUAGAAAUGCCAAGAGUUCCAUCUUCCGAUUACGAAUCCAAAGUUAAAUGUAGUCGCUCCGAUGUCGAUAUACUUUUUGAUAUCGAGUACUUUAAGAAAAAAACCGACGACUUCGGACGUGACGAAAGCCAAUAUGAUCUCGGUCUCUUUGCCGUUCGCCCUCUUGAUAAGAAUGCGACAGCCCCGCAUGAUGCCUACCCAGGAAACCUUACAGAAGACGCUGAGUUGUCAAAGCUUCUUAAACCGGAACCUUUUGAUUGGAGCGAUUGCGACGAUGAAGUGUUGCGGACGGACAAUCCAGGCCACAUCCCGUGUAAUGGCCGCGAAAUCACCGGAAACAAAGACCGUUCGUCUGAAGAAACGCCUGGCCAAUCCAUGAAAAGUGCAGGCAAUGCGACUUUAGAGGAGUCUUGCUUGGAGAGCGUUACACGUUCCACGACAACUAAAUCGGAUCCUGGAAGCUCCGUGCUACCUCAGGCUGAUAUUAUUCGAUCGGAGCCGUUGAUUGUUGAAACAACGAAACGCUAUGAUAUCGAGACGGAAUCAAAUGACUCGCAAGAGGGGCCGCGUUGUGCAGACGCAGAUGGUAACUUUCCAUUUACGCAUUGCCUGAUCGAUCAUGAAUGCCUGCAAGACUUGCUUUCGAUCGCCCAUUUCGAAAAAUCAUGGCAAGGGUGGUGGAUGGACAACCGACCUCACGUGCACCAUUUCAACUGGCUCGGGGAACCGAUCUCAGAACGCAGCUUUACUCCUCCUGAAGUAUCGCUAUUCGUCAUCCUCACCCCUCCAAAACCUUGGCUGAAUAGCACAUCGAGAGUGGGAACAAUCCUCAGGCAGGCGAUGAAAUUUGUCGACCCAGUCCUGUACGAUGGCGAGUGGGGCGAUCUCGCUCGCUAUCGGGGCCAUGAUUUGCUAAGGGCUAUUACGGGGCGUGUCUUCCAAUUUUACACGGCAGAGGGGGCUUGGUUGCAAGAUAAGUACGGUUGGGACGACCGUGUGCCGUGUUAUGAUCCAGCGGAUCCGAUAAUGUACCUGGCCGAGCCGUGGCUGCCAGUAAACGGUUGGAUGGCAACACUUUUCUGCCCUACGAGGCAUGAAUAUGUUUCGGAGUCGAGCAGGCACAUGGACGCAACUAAAUGGAUGCGGCGGAGGUUUCCACGUCCUUCCCAGCGCUCGCCGCUCAGUGGUUGCGUCAUGAUGGAAGGGUAAACGGACACUUUGAUGGAUCUGUUCUGCAUUGGGGGAGAACGGAAGCUUGCUUCUCGAUAUAUUUCCUAGCAAAAAUCCAUCUUUCAUGUUCAUCUUGUCCGAAUACUUUGAAGUUUGGUGACGAUGUGGGGAGAGAGGGCUCCUUACUUUAAGACGAUUCUCCCCAUGGAGGAAACUGUACGGUCUUGCUGUUGGGGUUUUCAGUUACACUCGCCUCUGAUCCUUCUGGGCUGUGUGGUUUUAGCCUUGUCCCAACGGAUCCUAUGGUGGGCUCACCGACCUCAAGUUUCCAGGCGUGACCAUAGAUAAUCCGCCCAAGCUCCGAGCGCCAGAUCCGUCUUGGAGUCCUUAGUGCCUUAGAGGCCUUGGAUGCUGGUUCUAUAGCAGCGACCUAUUGCGAACCUACGGA